AUGACAAGAGUCGCCUGGAUUGUCCUCUUUGGAGGGCUUGCUGGAGCUAAACUGCACGCAGAAGUGCUGAAGCAUGCUCCUCCCGGAAUCAGCUACCAUGUUCCCAAGGGUAUUCUCCCGACGUAUUCGUCCAAGGUCGUUUCAGUCAACCAUCAUGUCCACCAACUGCGCCCGGUCUCCACCCGUCAUGGCUUUGCCAUGAAUCUCAAUAGCAAGUCUGCAGCUUCUGUGUUGGGCAUCCACCAACGUCAUGCCGGUGGUUUUGGCUACGAGAACAUCACGACUACCUCGGCUUACGGCACCCAGUAUGCCAUUGAGGCCACCUGGGACGGCCAUCCCUUGUCGCUGCUCAUUGACACUGGCAGCUCCGACACGUGGGCAGUUAGCAAAGACUUCCACUGCAUUGACUACACCGGCCAGUUUCUCCCCCAAUCUUCCUGCGGCUUUGGAGAGGCCUACCCUGAUGCCUUUCAGUACGGUCGCACCGAUCCGCCUACCCACAUGUUUAUCCAGUAUGGAGACGGCGAGAUUGUCACUGGUCCCAUGGGCUUCUCCGACAUUACUAUCGGAAAUAUCACCGUUAAGAAGCAACAGGUUUGCCUCGCGAACACCACGUAUUGGUUUGGAAACAAUUACACCAGCGGUCUAUUGGGUUUGGCAUUCCCGUCUCUGACCAAUGCCUAUUAUGGAGACUCUGGCACCGACCACGACUAUGGCAGCCAAGUUCAGUACUCACCCCUGUUCACCAGCAUGGUGAGCCAGGGCUUGGUUGAUCCCCUGUUCAGCAUCGCCAUUGACCGGAAUGCUUCGUCUGGCAUGAUCUCCUUUGGCGGAAUUGCCCCGGCAGUCGGCGCAGACUUCAGCAGGAGUGCCACUCUGGACAUGAUAAUCACGAAUAUUAUCGGUGUUCCCGCAACCGCAUUUCAGUACUCUUUCUACACCGUCAUCCCCGAUGGCUGGUACUUUGACUCGACUAUGAAUACCAAGAAGUACCCAUACAUCGUCGACAGUGGCACGACGCUGAACUAUUUGCCACCGAGUCUCGCCGACGCCAUCAACGCUGCCUUCACUCCUCCGGCCGUUUACAUGUGGAUGUACGGAGCUUAUUUCACCUCAUGUGAUGCUAUUGCUCCUCAAGUCGCCGUGGUCCUCGAUGGUGAGAAGUUCUACAUCAACCCGGUCGACCUCAUCUACCGCACCAUGGUUGACCCUCUGACGGGCUUGUGCAUGACGGCAAUUGCAAGCGGUGGAUCAGGCCCAUACAUUCUUGGGGAUGUUUUCAUGCAGAAUGCGUUGGUGGUAUUUGAUGUGGGUGAAGCAAAGAUGCGCUUCAUCCCUCGUCCUCACUACUGA